UUCUGUAUCUUCCCUCUGCUGCGCGUGUACUUUCUAGGGAGCAGAACCAGCCAUCUUAAUUAGAAUAUAGUUUACAAAGCCCUAAGACGAGAACCUGAGGAAGUUUGAGCUGCCUGCCGCUAUAUAGCGCUAUGAACCAGCCAUCUUAACAUUGAUCGUAUAGGAGGAGAGACAGGUUUACCAAUUCGAAAAGCCAGGCUCCUUUCUCAACGAAAUUUGCUUUUCCCAUCCGUCUUUCUCUCUGAUGCCUCUCUGUUUCAUUAAUGUCGACCAUCGCGCAAGUCUAAUCUAACUUGGGUUUAAUUUAGUAUAUUACGAGUUUAAUAUAAGAUUCACUUUCGAUUUUGUUAGAACAAAUUUAAUCGUUGUUUUGUAUUUGUUUUUUUACUGACAGGGCAAUCGUCUCGUGGAGAUGCAAGAGAGAGCGUGAGGAGGAGCCUGACACGAGUCAAUCUGAAUCUGGCGUGGUUUCUUUAUUCGAGAAGAAGACAAAUUGAUCAGAAAGAAAGAAUUCAAAAUCGACAUGCGCUAUGCUCUUCCCUUCCCUUCCCUUUCCUGUCUCUGCAACCUCCACCAUCUUCCCCCACUGUUCAGUUCAGAUUCCCUCCUCUGUUUUCCCCAUUAAAAUAAUACUAAUCAACCAUGCCUCCUCUGUUUUCAAAAAAAGAAAAUUUAUCCAUCUCCAUUCGUGCCCCUUUCCUUCGCUUCAAACUCCACUGUCCCUCUCCUCUGAAACCAAACCCUAGCCCUCGGAUUCCACAAGUGAACCAGAUGCUAUCGCCAUCUCGUUCUGAGAUGAGAGAAUCUUUCUUUUCCGUCUUCUGUUCAGCCAACACAACAGAUCUCCGGUCCAAUCCAUUUCCGAACUUGAGUAAAUAAAGCUCUCAAACGGCGUCGUCUCUGCAGUUCCACCACCAACAUCGUCCGGCCAAAUCCAUCAAUCAGUUCAACAAAAAAGCUUGGCGAACCUUCUGUAUUCCUUUCGGUUGCUCCAGGUAUUUUAGCGGGAAUCCCGGUCUUUGAUUGCUAUACAAGAACACUUUUCCGAUAUUUGCCUGGACUUUAAUCUACUUUAUUCUAGAAGCAGAAUAAGAAGGGGGAAUCAACUCAAGUUUAUUACCUCUACAUUUCCCAGAAUCAGUCUGUUCAUCACAAAUUUAGAAUAUGGAAUGUGCAACCAAACCAUCUUCUAAACCUUCCUCAAAUAUAUCAGAUGUCGUCUCCAAAUUCGCUAAAGUCUGCAGAUUUAGAUCCCUUGGUGUCUUCUCCUCUGAUAAUCCAAACCAGCCCAACAAUGAUGAUGUUGCUAAUCGAGAACCAUUGGCCGAAGACAGCAGCGAUGUCACCGAGGAGGCAGAGUGCGACCCAGAGAAAGUUCAUCCCCACCCUGAUGAGAUUCAACCCAAAAGUUCGGAAACCACUGAUUUUGUGAAUAUUGAGGUCUCUAAGUUGUUUGACCAAAUUUCUGCUCUCAAGUUAGCUUAUGUUAAGCUCCAAGAGGCUCAUAUUCCAUAUGAACCGGAUAAGAUCAGAGCUGCUGAUGAGCUUGUGGUGACUCAGCUUCAAGAGCUAUGCAAGAUUAAGUGUGCCUAUAAAGGGAAACAGUUCAAAGAAGUUUACCCUACUUCUGCUCUUCUCGUAGCAAAAAUUCGAGUUCAUGAAAGGCUUUUGGAGAAAUUGAAGUUCCUAGUCAAAAUAAAAAACAACCAGAUACAUGAUUUGCGGCAGGAACUUCAGGAUUUGGAUCUGAAGAACAGAGUGCUAGUGGAAGAGUCAAGGCAGCCGCCAACUAGAAACGAAAAUAUUGAAAUUUUCAAUAUGUCUUCGUUUGAGGAUAUCUUUAAGUCAACUUCAAAGGCCAUUCAUGACUUUGCAAAGCCGUUAAUUACUUUGAUGAAGGCUUCAGGAUGGGAUCUUGACCGGGCAGCGGAAUCCAUUGAAGCUUCAGUAGUGUAUUCUACAAGGUCCCACAAGAAGUAUGCAUUUGAAGCUUACAUUACCAGGAGAAUGUUUUACGAAAUGCCUCUUGAAUCCUAUAAUGUUGAUGAUAUAUUGAGGUUUGAUGACCCCAUCAAUGCUCUGAUUGAAGACCCAUAUUCGUCGUUUGCCACAUUCUGCAGAACCAAAUACCUCUCCCUAAUUCAUCCAUUGAUGGAAGUUUCAUUUUUCAGAAAUUUGGAUCAUAGGGCAUUCGUGACUAGUGGAAGACAUCCCAGGACACUGUUCUACCAAGCAUUCGUCAAGAUGGCAAGGUGGGUUUGGGUUCUCCAAGGGAUUGCUACCUCGAGUGAACCCAAAGCUGAAAUAUAUGUAGUCAACCGAGGAAGUGAGUUCAUGGAUGUUUACAUGGAGUCUGUGGAGGAGCUCAAUGAAGAAACAAUAGUUUCUGAUGGGGGAAGAUCAAGAUUCAAGGUUGAGUUGAUGGUCAUGCCUGGAUUCAGAUUUGGGGAGACGGUGUUCAGGUCUCGGGUUUAUCUCUCAACCACCUCAUGUUGCAGAUGCUAGAAACUAAAGCAGGUCUGCUUGCGGGUAACAAAAUCUAGCCCGAUCAUUUUUUGUUCUGAACAUGUUAGAGUUUCAGCCCUCCUAGUUAAAUCUGAAAUGUCAAUUUUUUUGUCCUUAUACUUGAGCAAUAUUUUGAGAUGAAUCCCAGAAGCUUAAUACUUUUUCUUUCUAGUUUACUGUUUUUAGCUUUCUCCUCUAUUGUCAGGUGGAAGGAUAUUGUUCGAUGUUAUCUGAAUUGUAAAUGGGUAUCUAGUUAAUUAUUGUCU